UCCGGUCCUAGUCAGGCUCCGCGGUUUCAGCCUGGUGAUGCGGUCCAGGCUUCUGUGGGGCGCUGCCCGAUGUCUUUGGGCCCGUCCGGCUAUUGGCCCGGCUCGUCGGCCCAUUAGUUGCGGUAGCCCGCCGCUGGAGGAGCUGUUCGCGCACGGCGGGCUCUUGCGGACCUUCCUUGAGCGCCAGGCAGGAUCUGAAGCCCAGUUGCAUGUGAGGGGGCCUGAGUUGGUGGCGGUGGCCAGACUGCUGAGCGAGAAGGAGCAGGAGCUGCAGGAGACCCAGCGCUUGCUGCACGAUAACAAUGAAGAUUUAAGGAAACUUGCAGAGAAUGAAAUAACUUUGUGUCAAAAAGAAAUAACUCAGUUGAAGCAUCAGAUUAUCUUACUUUUGAUUCCCUCAGAAGAAACAGAUGAAAGUGAUUUGAUCGUGGAGGUAACUGCAGGAGUUGGGGGUCAGGAGGCAAUGUUGUUUACUUCAGAGAUAUUUGAUAUGUAUCAGCAAUAUGCUGCAUUUAAAAGAUGGCAUUUUGAAACCCUGGAGUAUUUUCCAAGUGAAAUAGGUGGUCUUAGACAUGCAUCUGCCAGCAUUGGGGGUUCAGCAGCCUAUAAGCACAUGAAAUUUGAAGGAGGUGUGCACAGAGUACAAAGAGUGCCAAAGACAGAGAAGCACGGACGCAUCCAUACUAGCACUAUGACUGUAGCAGUAUUACCCCAGCCUGCUGAGAUUAAUCUGGUGAUUAAUCCUAAAGAUUUGAGAAUUGAUACUAAGCGAGCCAGUGGAGCUGGGGGACAGCAUGUAAAUACCACGGACAGUGCUGUGCGGAUAGUUCAUCUUCCAACAGGUGUUGUUUCUGAAUGCCAACAAGAGAGAUCUCAACUGAAAAAUAGAGAGAUGGCUAUGAAAAAGCUACGUGCAAAGCUGUACAGCAUGCAUCUAGAACAAGAAACAAGUAAAAGAUACAGUGCUAGAAAGAUUCAGAUUGGAACUAAAGGAAGGUCAGAAAAAAUAAGAACAUACAAUUUUCCACAGAACCGGGUCACAGAUCACAGAAUAAACAAGUCACUGCAUGAUCUUGAAACUUUUAUGCAAGGACAUUAUCUACUGGAUGAACUUGUACAGUCAUUGAAGGACUAUGCUGAUCAUGAAUCUUUAUUAGAAAUUAUUUCCAAAAAAGUUUAAGUUGAUUUGUUAUUAAAGCCUUUUAUUGCUUAUAAUAAUUCUACUAUAGCAAAUCACAUUGUGUGUAAGUAUUUACCAGUAUUCUCUUGAAAAACAUGAGUUAGCACAGUUGGAAAUAAUACACAUAUUUUUAAGAUACAGGUAAUUUAUAUAAAUCUCUCUGAAUGUAUUAGUAAAAAACUUACAAUAUAAUCAUGACUGGUUAUAAAUCCAGGACUCUUCAUUAUUAGAAGACAAAGGAAAAAUAGUCCUUUGUUUUAUACAAAAUAGCAGGUGAUCAAAAAUUUGGUUUAACUCUCUAAGAAACUUCAAAUGUAAAAGAGAAAUAUGACAUUAACUGCUGUAUUAGUACUGUCCAGUCAGGAGACAGAAACCAUUCCAUUAAUUUGAACAGAGAUAAUUUUAAUAUAAAGAAUUUUUAACUUAUAAUGGAAUUAGCUGUUAAGAAGGGAUAAUAGAGAACUCAAAUACAGUAAAACUGAGAGAGAGUACCCAAGGAGAGAACACUCUUGGAAGGGGCUUCCCUUCCCCUCAGUGGAAUCCAGCCUAUUGGGUAAGGUUUGGUCAUGGCCCAUUCAGUGAUGGAAAAGUUCCCUGGGUUGCCCUGGGCCAGAGCUAGUGUGCAGUUGAUGGAUAAGGACUUGCAAACAGAGAACCUCAAACCUUCAGGGACUGGUAAGCAAGAAGCUUUCUGCCAGGGUGAAGCAAAACUUGUUGGAUAGUAAGCCUCUGUAGGUAACUAUCAGGCGUCUCCAGAGAAGCAGAACCAAUAGGGUGCAUGUGUGUGUGUGUGUGUGUUUAUACAUGAUUUAUUAUAAGGAUUGGCUCACAUGAUUACUGAUGAGUCUAAAAUCUGCAGUGUAGGCCAUCAAGCUGGAGACCCAGGAGAGAUGAUGGUGCAGUUCCAGUUCUAAGGCAGCCUGCCAGAGAAUCCUCUCAUGCUUGGAGGAGGCCAGUCUUUUUGUUCUAUUCAGGCCUUCAAAUGACUGAGUGAAGCCCACCUAAUUUAUGGAGGGCAAUCUGCUUUACUCAAAAGUUCACUGAUUUAAAAUGUAAAUCUCAUCCAAACCACAGAAAUACCCAAAAUAAUGUUUGACCAAAUAUCUAGGCACCCUGUGGCCCAGCCAAGUUCACACAUAAAAUUAACCAUCACAGUGUCCAAGAGCGCCCCUGGCAGCUGUGCCAUAGAAGCAAGAGGAGAAACAAGAAGAGAAGUCCCUUCCUCCUGCAGUGUCUUUCCACCGCCCCCUAAUGAAAGCUUAAUACUGUGCUAGCUGGCAAAAGACAAAUGUUUACAGGCUGCUUUGGUUUUGGAUGUGUCAAAACACACACAGAUCCAACUCCAGUAUAACAAGGUUUGGGCAAUGAAAGGUAAAUCUGUUGCUGAGUGGCAAUAAAUUUUGUGGCACAAACACCCAUACUCAUUACCUACUUUCAAUAGUAUGUUUUCAUAUUUGCUUAGUAUUUGAAGUAAAUUACAAAUAUCAGGCCACUUCACCCUUAAAUAUUUCAGCUUGCAUUUUCAAAUGACAUUAUUCUAUUUAAGCAUACACCAACAUCACACCUACCAAAAUUCAGUAAUUCCCUAAUAUCUUCAAGUACCCAGUAAUUCAGUUACCCAGUUCUCCCCAAAAUGUGUUAUAUCUGGCUUCUUCAAACCAGGAUCCAAUUAAGGAUUACAUAUGGAAUGUGGUGGUUAUAUUUCUUAUGUUUCUCUUAAUCCAGAAUAGUUCUGCCACCCCCUCUCCAUUUUUUCAUGACAUUAAAUUUUCAUUUGAGAAGAUCAGGCUACAUAUGGUGUCAUUUAACUUGCUCCUCAAGUCAGUAUUUCUUACAAAUUGGAAGUUAGGGCUUAAGACUUGGCUAGUUUUGAGUACUCCCUCUCUUUCCUGUGAUUUAGCAUUGUUGUCACUAAAAUAUAUAUUUAAAUAGGCCAGAUAUGAAUGCUGAUAUGAGCAUUACUGCUGAGAUUACUCUAAAAAAAAAAAAGAAAGAAAAAAAGUAAGAUGAAUUCACCCUGUGAAUUGAGAAUUUAUAGCUGAAAAUGAGUUUGACACUAAAUCAGUAUAAUCUUUAUCAAUAUUCUUCCAUCACAAGAUUUAAAAGCUAUUAAGUUGUUCCUUUUUCCAUGGGAAUCCUGGUUAUGCGUAGCUCUUUUCUGAGAAGACCGACACCAGAGAAUUGAGGCCUGAGAGGAAAGGAAAGCCCAGGAAUGUUUGCUUGGGGUUGCACAGCUUUAAAAGAACUUGUGGUGCUGAAAGCAACAGAAUAAAGAAGUGUACUUGAUAAAGAAAUUUAGAACAUUUCAUUUACUGCAUAAAGAAGUAGUAAAAGAUGGAAAUGGCUGAAGAAUUUUUUUUUUUAACAUGACGUAAACUAAACCCUACUACAAUGAUAAGAGCCCCACCUAAUAGAUAAUGAAUAACUCUUAAAUUUAUAGGAGUCACAAGGUAGGAUUUCCAGAGAAAAUGAUUUCACUAUUAAAAUCAUAUGACUAAAAUGUUAAAGAACUAGGAGACAUUUAGUUAACUCUCAAAAUUGCGACAAUUUUUUCAUAUUUGUUAGAAUCAACACUAGUCCAAGUUUUUAGGGGCAUAUGUACUACAUAAAUUCAAAACUAUGUUGUCAGAUGGUGUGUUUCCACUUUCUUCAAUCAACAUUUAUUAGCCAAAUUUCCUUUAGAACCCUGCUUUUUCUAAUUUGCAAAGUAGUUUAUUUUGAUACUUUACUGUCUCACCUUAUUGCUUUGAAUUGGAAGUAUAGAAAAAACAUUAAAGACACGUUAGCAUUUUAAAGCUGGCCAAAGGUGGUUAUCAAAUAAAUCAGAGAAUUAUAACUUAAAGAGAAUUCCUCUUCCUUGUAAUCUGUUCAUGAAAGGCAUUCUAUGUUCAUAGGAACACUUGAUGUAGCUUUCGGUGACCUAUGCAACUCAAGAAUAUGACCAUAUUCAUUGUCUCCCACUAUUUUACCAGUUUCCUCUUGGGUCUUUCAGUUAUGAAUGAAGUACAUAUUCACAGAUUAUGAAGUAUUACCAUGUACUAUAUUACUUAAUUCUCUUUACCUCUUCUAAUAGGUAAUAAUUAGAAAAAGAUAUUCUAAGAUUGAGGAGUCUUGAAUGUUAGAUUUCAUUCUGUAAAUAAGGGGGAGCUCUUAAAAGUUGUCUUAUAUUCACCACCCCAUUCCACUCUUUUAUCCCUUGGCCUAUGGGAGACAGUGUGAGAGCUGUCCUAAUUAAGGUGGAAACAAACCAUUAAUCAAUUUUUUAACUUCCCUUCCAUUAGAACAUCAUAGUUGUUUAGAAAAAAAUCAUAAUGCUUAGUGAUUUCAACAACAAAUUUAAAAUAUGUAUGAGAAGGUGUAUUAUGAAUAUGCACAGUAAUUGACAAAUUUUGGUCUGUGAACUGAUGUUGGCUCCUCCACUAAUCUAAAUGAGUUAUACCUAGGUCAUCAAAUGUAAUUUUGGAAACCCAGGAUUCUGGCAGUAGAAACCUAUUGGAAUCACAGACCUGACAUUUUAAAAUACUUGGAAUUUGCAGAUGUUUGCAUAAACAAUCCAUCUACUCAGCUAUCUUAAUUAUAAAGCAUGCAUCAUCCCUCCUACCUGCCUUUGCUUAUGCUGCCCCUCUAUGUAGAAAACACAUACUCUACUUAUCUCUGCAGACAAAGGUCAAGGUCCAACCUAAAGGAUACCUUACUACCAGGCAGAAUUAACUGUUCCUUCUUUUGUAUUCCAUAAUACCUAAUCCUAUGCUAUGGUCUGAAUGUGUCUCCCAACAUUCAUGUGUUGCAAACUUAAUCCAUAAUGCAACAGUGUUGGGAGGUGGGGGCCUUUUGGGAGGUGUUUAGGUCAUGCAUUAAUGCCAUUAUAAAAGGGCUUGACAAAGGGAGUCUGGCCCUUUAUGUCCUUUUGUCUUGUGCCAUGUGAGGACAGAAUGUUCCUUCCCUCCUGAGGAUGCAGCAUCCAAGGCCCCAUUUUAAAAGCAUAGAGCAACCCUCACCAGAUGCCACCAUCUUUAUCUUUGACUUCCCAGCCACCAGAACUGUGAGAAAUAAGUUUCCAUUCUUUAUAAAUUAUCCAAUCUGUGGUAUUAUGUUAUAGCAGCACAAAACAGACUAAGACACCAUACCUGUAUGACAAAAUUUAUUGCAAGGUAAUAAUUUAGUGGUUUAUGCCUUUCUCAAGAUUGUGCACUUAAUAAGGUAAUAGGAAACAGUGGGUCACAGAAUAAGACAAACAAGUAUUGCUAGACCUCUAACAUCAUCUCAUUAAUGGACAAGAUGUUAUUUUCUUCAUUCUUAUGUCUUUAGGACCUAACAUGCUAUAAUAGGCACUAAAGAGAUGUCUAGAGGCAGUUGUACCUACAAUACUUUUCUAGAAAUCUGGUGUAUUGUACAGAAAGAACCAAAACUGGAUUUAAUUUCAAAAAGGCCUACAGCACAAACUAAUCAAAAUGCAUUAACUGGAAUGGCAAUUUUGAAAAUGUA